AUGUGUGACGAUGAUGUAGCAGCUCUUGUGGUAGAUAAUGGAUCUGGAAUGUGCAAAGCAGGAUUUGCGGGCGAUGAUGCUCCCAGAGCCGUCUUCCCCUCGAUCGUUGGUCGCCCACGACAUCAAGGUGUCAUGGUAGGAAUGGGUCAGAAGGACUCGUAUGUUGGUGACGAGGCCCAGUCGAAGAGAGGUAUGCUUACAAUCACGUUUUAG